CAGUUGUCCACAUUCUUGUCUUUGUUCUUGUUUCUUAUCGGGUAGCUUCCCAGUACCCUGAAGAUGAAGUUUCUCUUCGGUGUCGUGGCGCUCACUGUGGGCAUACUUGUCCCCAGUGUUGCUGCCGCACCUCCCUCCACUGCCGCCCAGCGGGACCUUCUCGUCCCCAUCGCGGAGAGACAGGAGGCGGGAGUGCUCCCUCGCCAGGCAAGCUGCCACACUCCCAGCAACCGGGCGUGCUGGACCACCGGCUACAAUAUCAACACGGAUUACGAGGUUGACAGUCCUGAUACGGGAGUUGUUCGGCCUUACACUUUCACUCUCACCGAGAAGGAGAACUGGCCAGGCCCGGAUGGCGUUGUCAAGAACAAGGUCAUGCUCAUCAACGACAACAUCAUGGGACCCACCGUAUUCGCUGAUUGGGGCGAUACGAUCGAGGUUACGGUCAUUAACAACCUCGAUACGAACGGCACUUCCAUCCACUGGCACGGCAUGCACCAGAAGGACACCAACUUACACGACGGCGCCAAUGGCGUCACGGAAUGCCCGAUCCCACCCAACGGAGGCCAGAGAGUCUACCGAUUCAAGGCCCAGCAAUAUGGCACGAGCUGGUACCACUCUCACUUCUCGGCGCAGUACGGAAACGGCGUAGUGGGCACAAUCCAAAUCAACGGCCCGGCCUCGCUCCCCUAUGAAAUCGACCUAGGCGUCUUCCCUCUCAUGGAUUACUAUUACCGCAGCGCCGACGAGCUGGUACACUUCACCAUGGACAACGGCGCACCGUUCAGCGACAACGUGCUCUUCAACGGCACGGCCAAGCACCCGAUCACCGGCGUCGGCGAGUGGGCCAACGUGACCCUCACCCCCGGCAAGCGGCACCGUCUGCGCAUCAUCAACACCUCUACCGACAAUCACUUCCAAGUCUCGCUCGUCAACCACAGCAUGACCAUCAUCGCCUCGGACAUGGUCCCCGUCAACGCCAUGACGGUCGACAGCCUGUUCCUAGCGGUCGGGCAGCGAUACGACGUGACCAUCGACGCGAACAGCACGCCGGGCAACUACUGGUUCAACGUCACCUUUGGCGGCCAGGCCUCCUGCGGCGGCUCGCUCCACCCCACCCCGGCGGCCAUCUUCCACUACGCCGGCGCCCCCGGCGGACUCCCGACCAACCAGGGCUCCCCGCCCACCGACCACCAGUGCCUCGACCUCCCGAACCUGACCCCCGUCGUGACCCGCAAUGUCCCCGUCAGCGGCUUUGUCAAGCGACCCGGCAACACCCUUCCCGUGACCAUCGACCUGACUGGCACCCCGCUGUUUGUCUGGAAGGUCAACGGCAGCGCCAUCAACGUCGACUGGGGCAAGCCGAUCCUGGACUAUGUCAUGACGCAGAACACGAGCUACCCGACGAGUGACAAUAUUGUGCAAGUGGAUGGGGUCAAUCAGUGGACCUACUGGCUGGUCGAGAACGACCCCGACGGACCGUUCAGUCUCCCGCACCCGAUGCACUUGCACGGCCACGAUUUCCUCGUCCUCGGCCGCUCGCCCGACGUGCCCCCCGCCUCGCAGCAGCGCUUCGUCUUCGACCCGGCCGUGGACCUGCCCCGCCUCCGCGGCACCAACCCAGUCCGGCGGGACGUAACCAUGCUCCCGGCCGGAGGCUGGCUGCUGCUGGCGUUCCGCACCGACAACCCGGGCGCCUGGCUGUUCCACUGCCACAUCGCCUGGCACGUGUCGGGCGGGCUGAGCGUCGACUUCCUCGAGCGGCCCGACGACCUGCGCCAGCGCAUCACGCCGGCGGACCGCGAUGACUUUAAUCGGGUCUGUGAGGAGUGGCGGGAGUAUUGGCCGACGAAUCCGUUUCCCAAGAUUGAUUCCGGGUUGAGGCACCGGUUUGUGGAGGAGAGUGAGUGGAUGGUUAAGGCUUGA